UAGAGGAGUUGGCGGGUGGUUGGGUUGAGGCUGAGCUGGUCGCCAUGUCCGCGGGGAGCGCGACCCAUCCUGGAGCCGGCGGGCGCCGCAGCAAAUGGGACCAGCCGGCUCCUGCUCCUCUGCUCUUCCUCACCUCGGCUUCCCCGGUUGGGGAGGACCCCAGCAACGGGGGCAACUCCGGGGGUUCGGCGGCGGCUCCCUCGGGGGCCUUGGACGCUGCCGCCGCCGUGGCCGCCAAGAUCAAUGCCAUGCUCAUGGCCAAAGGGAAACUGAAGCCCACGCAGAGCGCCGCCGAGAAGCUUCAGGCCCCUGGCAAAGGCCUGACAAAUAGUAAGAGCAAGGAUGACCUGGUGGUGGCUGAAGUUGAGAUCAACGAUGUCCCUCUCACAUGCAGGAACUUGCUGACUCGGGGACAGACUCAAGACGAGAUCAGUCGGCUGAGUGGGGCUGCUGUGUCCACCCGAGGGCGGUUCAUGACCACCGAGGAGAAGGCCAAAGUAGGACCCGGGGAUCGUCCGCUAUAUCUUCAUGUUCAGGGCCAGACUCGGGAGUUAGUGGACAGAGCUGUGAAUCGAAUCAAAGAAAUUAUCACCAAUGGGGUAGUUAAGGCUGCCACCGGAACAAGUCCCACGUUCAAUGGUGCCACCGUCACCGUCUACCACCAACCGGCACCCAUGACGCAGUUGUCCCCGGCGGUCAGCCAAAAGCCUCCCUUUCAGUCAGGGAUGCAUUAUGUUCAAGAUAAGUUAUUUGUGGGUCUAGAACAUGCCCUACCUACUUUCAGUGUCAAGGAGAAAGUAGAAGGCCCAGGCUGUUCCUAUCUGCAGCACAUUCAGAUCGAAACGGGCGCUAAAGUCUUCCUUCGAGGCAAAGGAUCUGGCUGUAUUGAACCUGCAUCUGGCCGAGAAGCCUUUGAGCCUAUGUAUAUCUACAUCAGUCACCCCAAACCUGAAGGUCUGGCCGCUGCCAAGAAGCUCUGUGAGAAUCUCUUGCAAACAGUUCAUGCUGAGUACUCUCGUUUUGUGAAUCAAAUCAAUACUGCUGUCCCAUUGCCAGGCUAUACACAACCCUCUGCUAUAAGUAGUGUCCCUCCUCAGCCACCAUAUUAUCCAUCCAAUGGCUAUCAGUCUGGUUACCCUGUUGUUCCCCCUCCUCAGCAGCCAGUUCAACCUCCUUAUGGAGUUCCAAGCAUAGUGCCACCAGCUGUUUCAUUGGCACCUGGAGUCUUGCCAGCUUUACCCACUGGAGUCCCUCCUGUGCCAACACAAUACCCGAUAACCCAAGUACAGCCUCCAGCUAGCACUGGACAGAGUCCGCUGAGUGGGCCCUUUAUUCCUGCUGCUCCAGUGAAAACCGCCUUGCCUGCCGGGCCCCCGCCCCAACCGCAGCCCCAACCCCCACUCCAGGCUCAACCUCAGGCACAGAAGCGGCGGUUUACAGAAGAGCUUCCUGAUGAGCGAGAGUCUGGACUUCUCGGAUAUCAGCAUGGACCCAUUCAUAUGACUAAUUUAGGUACAGGCUUCUCCGGUCACAAUGAGAUUGAAGGUGCAGUACCGAAGGCCGCAGGUUCCUCGGGCAAAGAGCGAGAGAGGGACAGGCAGUUGAUGCCUCCACCAGCCUUUCCAGUGACUGGCAUAAAAUCAGAACCUGAUGAGAGAAAUGGGUCUGGACCCUUACCGGGGAGCCACGAUUAUCCAGUCAAGAAGCUGAAAACGACGGAGAAGGGUUUUGGCUUAGUGGCCUAUGCUGCAGACUCGUCAGAUGAAGAGGAAGAGCACCAUGGGGGCCAUAAAAAUGCAAGUAGUUUUCCACAGGGCUGGAGUUUGGGUUAUCAGUAUGCUUCGUCACAGCCACGAGCCAAACAACAGAUGCCGUUCUGGAUGGCCCCUUAAGCAGCGGUGGAAUGGAGAUUGACCCUGACAACUCUUCUUUAGCAAUAAUGCAUGUAUUUGAUUGAACAAGACUUUGGGCUCCACUCCUGAACCAUCUUGGACAUUUGCAGAAGUUAGCGGUGCAGUAUCCCUUGUUCCCAGCGGGGUUCUGCUCACUGUCAAGCACCCUCACUCCUGCGAUUGGUCAUCACUUCUGUUAAUGCUCCUUAGAAUCACAAAUUUGUUGUGGAAGCUUUUUUAACUGGCGGUGAAAUGUGCUGGGUCAACCAAGUGCCCAAAUAGGGCUAUUCCCAUAUGCAUUUGAACUGAUCCGGCCUUUCCCACAUUUCCCUCUUCUCACACAAAGUUUCAUUUGUAUUUUACUACCGUCUGUCCGUUUUGAUAAUGACUGGUUAUUUAAAAAGCCUUCCUAUUAAUGAGGAAAUGAAUUAAGACCUUUUCAGCACUUAGAUAGAUCUCAGAGUUCCUCAACCCCAAUUCAUUGGGGAGUCUUUCUGUUCUGAAAAACAGAUUUUACUAAUUUCAAACUGUUGAAUAUAGCUGGAUCUGCAUAGGAAGAUAUGGAAUGAAUUUUUAAAAAAUCGUGUCUUUCUAUUGGGAUGAUCCAAAGCUGGCACCUUCAGGCACACUUUUGUCUCAGCCAUGCGGCAAGUUUGCCGUCCUAAGCUCCUUGUCUUCAACUGAGUCAGAAAACUUUGAUCCAAAGCUGGUCAGGACUCUUCACAGAAAUGAAGCUUGGUGGUCCUUCCUUCUCUCUUAGACUGCUGGCAGGAGAAUGGUGGACGUUGUGACUGAAACUGUAACUUAUCUUGGCAUUACAGGUUUUGCCAAAACAAAAAAACAGACUUUUUUGUAUCGAUAUUGAUGUGUGAAAGUGAAGGAGCUAGUCUGCUAAACCAGGAGUAGUUUUGAGAUACUGAACUGUCAUUUUUGCACAUUUGAAUACUUUGCAGGCUGGCUUUGUAUAAGCUUAUCCUCUGUUUUCCUAUAUGUUGUAAAUACUUAGGCUAUAAUUUCAUUAUAAAUAAAUGUCUGAAUAUUC